AGAGAUUUGGGAUUUAACCGCAAUGAAUGACGGGAAAACAGGUUAACAAUAAUGGCUUCGCUCUGGUUGUAAUCUUAUUGAAAGUUUAAGGAAAACGUCUUAUCUAAAAAUAAUAGGAAUUAAACAAAAGUAAAAUAUUUGUAUAAUGAAGCAGGUAUCGUCUGAAUAGUAGGAGCGUUUUCGUCACGAUUUACACCCUUUCAUCCAGACUGGCCUUUCCUUUUUCACUAUGUCUGCAGAAGUGUAUUGCAAGGAGAGAAGCGGGUCAAGCACAGACACAAAGGAGAGGAGACGAUCGAGAAGCACAGGAAGAGGUGAAAAGAAGCAAAAACGCAGCCGAAGCAGAUCCUCAUCGGUCAGUUCAUCUUCCUCCUCAUCUUCAUCAUCGUCGUCAUCAUCUCGCUCCUCUUCCAGUAGUGACUCGUCACGCAGCAGCAGCUCCAGUAGCAGUGAUUCUUACCGAAAGAAAAGAAAAGUUUCAAAGAAAAGGAAAAAGGAAAAGCCUAGCAGAAAGAAGCAGAAAAAAGACAAAGCACGCAAGCGAAAGAAGGACAAGAAACAUAAAGGAGAGGACGCUGCCUCUGGUCCUGUUCAGAUUUCAAAGUACCUGAAGGAGAAGAAGCGGAGUGGCAAGUACAGUAUGAUCUCAGGGAAGAAGAUCAAAAUGAAGGUGAAGAAAUCAAAGAAGGACAAGCAAAGAGACAAGAACCGUGCUGAGCUGUUGGAGUUUCUGAACUCGACUUGCUAAUUUGGACUCUGUGCUUCCACUUUCCCCAUAAUUAUUUUAUUUUUUUAUUUUUUAUUAACUUUGUCUUGGCCAAUCAGCUCUCAGGGAAAUGCCUGCAAUUUCCUGUAAUGGACAGCACUGUGGGGCCUCUCCACAACUAAAGAAACAUCUUAUUUUGUUAUCUUUCUAUAUUAUUUUGUUAACAUGCAGUGCUACUCAUAUAUUCCUGUUGUAAAGCAUCACUCUUGUAUGUGUUUGCUAUUUUGAAUAUUUCAUUACAGUUAAGGUGAUAUUCUCUACUUUUAAAUCACCUGGAAUUAGACCAAUAUUAUUGUACAGUGACACUUUUUUUUUUUUUUUUUUUUUUUAAUCCAGACAGGGUUUUUUCUUUUUUUCAAUACCCAAAAUUUCUGAAUUACAGCAAACACCAUUACCACCUAAAAGGGAAUUAUGAGACUUAAGUGUAGAAAAUAUCUCUCAUAAGGACUUAUGAGACAUUAAAAGUAGAAAAUAUCUUUAGACAUAAUUGUGAUGGCACAUUUUACAUAAAUAUGAUAACAUAGUGGUGCAGCAUCACAAAAUGUGUGUAAUUUGUCAUGUUAAAUUUAAGUGGGUAAAAAUUGAGAACAUGCAGACAUCUGUAAACAUUCUUAGAUAAAUAAAAAAAUAAAUCAG